AUGGAGGCCGCGCGGGCUGCGGCGGGCACCCCGGUGGCGACGCGGCGGCGGCAGCGGCCGGGGCAGGCGGCCCCGGAGGCGGGCGCGGAGGACAAGCAGGCGCGGAGCCCGCAGCGGCGGCGGCGGCGGCGGCUGCAGAGGAGAAUGGAAGAGGAACAGGGAGAGGCAGUCUUUCGAGAAGUAGUCAGUUUUACCCCGGAUCCUUUACCAGUUAGGUAUUAUGACAAGGACACCACCCAGCCCAUCAGCUUUUACUUGUCUUCGCUGGAGGAGCUCUUGGCGUGGACACCCAGCAUGGAGGACGGCUUCAACGUGGCCCUGGGUCCCCCAGUGCAUCGCCAGCCCCCUCUGCGCAGCCAGAGGCCCCGGACCUUGCUUUGCCACGACAUGAAGGGCGGGUACCUGGAUGACAGGUUCAUCCAGGGCUCAGCAGUGCAGAGCCCUUACUCCUUCUACCACUGGCAGUACAUCGACAUCUUUGUGUACUUCAGCCAUCACCUGGUCACCAUCCCCCCGGUGGGCUGGACCAACGCUGCCCACAGGCAUGGCGUCUGCAUGCUGGGGACAUUCAUCACAGAGUGGAAUGAAGGCGGCAAGCUCUGUGAGGCCUUCCUGGCAGGAGACGCGCGCUCGUACCAGGCCGUGGCGGAUCAGCUGGUCCGAAUCGCCCAGGUCUUCCGCUUUGACGGCUGGCUGAUCAACAUCGAGAACUCCCUGAGUCUGGCUGCAGUGGGGAACAUGCCGCCCUUCCUUCGGUACCUGACCACGCAGCUGCACCAGCAGGUGCCAGGGGGACUGGUGCUCUGGUACGACAGCGUGGUGCAGAGCGGGCAGCUCAAGUGGCAAGAUGAGCUGAACGAGCACAACAGGGUGUUCUUUGACGCCUGCGACGGCUUCUUCACCAACUACAACUGGCAGGAGGGACACCUGGUGCGGAUGCUGGCGCAGGCCGGGGGGCGGCGGGCCGACGUGUACGUGGGAGUGGACGUGUUUGCCCGGGGCAGCGUCGUCGGGGGCCAGUUCAACACAGACAAGUCGCUGGAGCUGAUCCGCAAGCACGGCUUCUCGGCGGCCCUGUUUGCUCCUGGCUGGGUGUACGAGUGCUUGGAGAAGGAGGAUUUCUUCCAGAACCAGGACAAGUUCUGGAGUUUGCUGGAGCGCUAUCUGCCCACACACAGCAUUUGCUCCUUACCUUUUGUCACCUCUUUCUGCCUGGGCCUGGGAACACGGAGAGUCUGCCAUGGACAGGAGGAGGCGGUGGGGCCCUGGUAUCACCCCGGUGCCCAGGAGAUGCAGCCCUUGUUUGGAGAGCACAGACUGGGAGGGGACAGCCGGGGCUGGGUGAAGACGCACUGCUGCCUGGCGGAUGCCUGGAGUGGGGGCAGCUCCCUGCUGAUCCGGGGGGCGAUUCCUCCCGAGGUGGGAGACGUGGCUGUAAGGUUGUUCUCCCUGCAGGUACCACUGCCACCCAAAGUUUUCCUGUCCAUGGUCUAUAAACUCGAAGGGCCCACAGGUGUCACGGUGGCCUUGGAGCUCACCACAGGGGAUGCCAGCAGCUGCCACAUUGGUGGCAUCUCAGCCCUGAACGCAGAAACAAGCACAAGGCACAGUCCCCGACCCCUCCGGGUGCCCCCCACCAAGCUGGCCAGAUGGGCGGGCCGAUGUGGCCAGCCACUCCGCGGGGGCUGGGUCCAGCGCUGCUAUGAAGUGAGCCUGCGGGGCUGCCUCCUGCAAGACCUCUUCAUUAACUUCUCCCGGCCUCCCGGCAGCCAGGAGGAGGAAUCCUUUGUGUGUCGCCUGGGAGAGAUCCAGGUGGUGGGGGCUAGCAGCCUGCUGACCCCCCUGGCCCAGGUGCAGGCUGUCACCGUCUCCUGUGUCCGCUGGCAGCGAGCAGCCCUGGGCUUGGAGCGGGGCCCUGAGGGACUGCAGCUCAGCUGUACCCUGCACUGGUCCUACCCCCUCCCCCAAGCCCACUGCUUCCGAAUCCACUGCUGGGCAGGGACAGGAAGCAGGUCUCGCGGCAGGGAGCUUCUGGGGCCAGAGAAGCCCGCACUCCUGGGCCUGGCCUUUGCCAACCAGUACCGGGUGGUGGAGCUGGCAGUGGACGCCACUAGGCCUGGCCAGGACGGCCGGGUGGAGUUCCUGGUGCAGCCUGUCCCCCGGGAAGGGUUUGUGGUGCCCGAGGCUGAGUGGGGCAGGGCAGUCUUGCUCUAUUCCAGCCCCCGCGGGAGCGGACGUUGAAGCCCGCGGCCCCUGGCCUCAGGGUUGAGGUGUCUUCCCUCCCCGGCCGCCCCGGGCCUCUGCUGGGCCCAGGAGGGGAGCAGGCAGUGGCAGGAGACCUGGGCCCCGAGGGCUGGGGCAGAGGGCAGGGGUGGCCGGGUCCCCAGGGCUGCAGGUCAUUUCAGGGGCAUGGGUCACAGGAAACAUUACUACUGGUGAUAGGAGGUCCGUUUGCUGGGGUCCCUGAGGGGAACGGGCCCUCUGUUUUUGUCUCAUCCUUUUCCACGGUUUAUAGUUCCAAGAUAAAAGUUAAAGGAUUUGGGAAAGUUUAGUCUGGAAAAUCCCAUGAAGGGCCUUUCCUAAUAGGCUCACUGAUUUUUAUGCAGAGAAUGAUCCCCUUUCAUUCCUGCAGACUGAACUAGAAACGCGCUCAGCUGGUGGCGGGAAGGCUCUGGCGCAGGCCCGAGACACUGCCGGGACAGCAGAGGGCCAGGUGGAGACGCGGCGGCCCCGAGACCGGGCGCCCUGCCCCUUGGGGUCUGGCCCUUUCUCCAGGGCUGGUGAGCGUGACGCCGCCUGGGUGGGGUGGGCUGUGGCAGGUCACCUCCACAGUUUGGACUUGGGCAGCUUAACUUCCCAGGGAGCCUGCCGUCAUUUCUGGAGAAUUCCUGGUGGGCCUCUUCCAGGUGGUGGGUGAGGAGGGGCCUGCCUGAGGCCGGCUGCGUCCCACUUCAGACGAGCAGCCCCGGCUGGGCAGCCUCACCCCACAGGCCGCUCUGUUGGUUGCAGCCGGGGCCCUGGCCCUGCUCUCCCAGCCCAGCCCCGAGCCUUCACCUGGGGGCCUGGGGGCUUCUCUGCUGUCUUGGGCCUUCAUACUCCCCCUUCUCAGCCUCUAACAAGAAGCGGGGAGACCGAAGGCAGGGGGCACAGGGUGGCAGCCCCGGGAGUGGGGUGACCCUGUCCCCAAGGUGGGGGUGGGAGCAGCUGUCCUCUUGCCGUGGCCCUCCCUCUCUUUUCCUUCUUGAUGACUCCUUCCCUCCUCCCCCACCCAGGCUGACCACUGGCCAGCACGGUGAGGCGAGGACCCGAGUGAGCUACAGGCGGCUGCUCCCCUGUGGAGCCCUGGGCCUCCGUGGGGGCCUCCUGGUGUGGUCGUCUCUGGCCGGCAUGGUCUUGGGUGACCCCCAUGGCACCUCCCAGCCCUCCUCUCUGUCGCCCGUGGAGGGUGCGCUGUGAUCCUCCAACAGCCAGUGCGCAUGGGGCCAUGACGGGCAGGGGGCGCCUUCAUGCCAUGGCUGAUGCUAAGGGCUGGGACGUUCCGCUGGACGUCACCACCAGAGCCUGCCCGAGUCCUGGCCAGGGGUCUGGGGCCUUCACCUGACGCUGCAGCUGGGGACCACCAGGCGGCAUGCCAGCCACGCUGCCUUCCCUUCUGCAAACACCUAGAGCUCUCAAAUUUGGGGGCUUUGGACUGUUGUAAGGGAUGGGGUGGGAGAACUUUCACUGGCCUCAGCGACUGAGCCCUGCAGGCGAAGAGGGUCUCAGAGGCAGGCCGCAGCCUUGGGGAGUGGAUUCUGCACUUGGGGGUCUCACGCUCACCCCUCACUGGGGCGUCUUCACUCCCCCAUGUCUCACGAUCGGGCCCAGCCAGCUGUUCAGGUCCAGAACAAGCAGUGGGCGUUCCUUGUCAGCUGUUGCCCAGGAGAGGGUGAGAGUAGUGGACAAGAGAAACCACUCCUGCUGGCUGACCCCAAGCCAAGGCUGCCCUCACCCCGGCCUCUCCUCUGAGUCUAGAGCAGCCCCCAGAGUGUGAGGGCAGGGGUGGGCGGCCAGGCGGACACGAGUCCUCCCAUGUUGGAGCCGCUCACUACUUUGUUUCGUUUUCAACAAUUCCCUGGAGCUCUGAGCCCAUCUCACCAAGUCUGAACCGGGGGAGCUAGGGGACCCCUUUUAGCCUCUCCCCUGCGUCCCCAGAGGACCCAGGGGGACCCCCCCAUUUUUAAGUGCUGGUUCCCCCGAAUAUUUUAUGCAGAGGAGGGAAAAAAUUUAUAGUGGCAAUUAUUUUCUCACAGUCUAGUGAACAGGCAAUUAGAAGGAAGGGGAGUUCAGCAGAGCAUGGCGUGCAGCGAGUCACCCCCCCUGCGCUGUCCCCAAGAGCAUGGUCCCCAAUCCCACCACCAAUAAAGGCCCCCAUGCAAGAAAAUUAACGUGUCGGCAUUUAAGCCUGUGCCCUCCAGUGGGUGUAAUCGCUCUGAAAUAAAUCGCGCGGCUUUAUGGAAAACAAAGACCUCAUCUCAUUGUGAGACGCAGCGCGCGGUGCAGGCUCACAGUUUUGGAAUCUUGGCUUUUUAACUCCUGCUCUGGAUCCUGCCCCUUCCCUCCCGGACGCUGUGAGAGUGGGGGUCCGUGCCCCCCCGCCAGGCCCUCUUCAGCUGUCUUCCGGCUCCUGCUCCCCUCCCAGGAGCGUGGGCUCGGGACCGGCCGGAGAAGGGCUUUUACCUGGAGAUGCAGCUGCUCCUCGGGUCUCGGGCCCACAGGGCAGGGCCCCGGGUCGCUGUCGGACAGGGUGGGUGAGAUCUGAAAGAGACUCCCCAAAGCACUGGCGACCACGCCGGGGACUAUGCCGGCAGUUCCGUCCUUCCUCG